GUUUCUCAUUAUGGAGAGCAGAGGGAGAUCUUCAUCUCCAGAUUCCAGCGGUGUGUCUCUGAAGAGUGACAGAUCCAUGGAGAAGGCUCCUAAACUCAGUGAUGGAGGAGUGACCUCUGACCCCAGUGAGAAAGCAGUGACGUCUGACCCCAGUGAUGAAGCAGUGACCUCUGACCCCAGAGUUUAUAGAGAUGAUCAGACUGGAGACCAGUGUUCUCCUCAGCCAGUGAAUGAGGAACUACAGAGAGUCAAACACAGACACAAAACCAGCAUGAAGAUCAAGUAUGAGAGAUUAUUUGAGGGCCUGAAUCUCCAAGAGAAUGAUACCCUCCUGAACAGGAUCUACACACAGCUCUACAUCAUAGAGGGAGAGAGAGGAGGAGUGAAUGAAGAACAUGAGGUUUUACAGAUGGAGAAAUCAGCCAGAACACAACACUCACAAGACACUCCAAUCCACUGCAAUGACAUCUUUAAAGCCUCUCCUGAACCAGGACGCCAGGAGAAAGACCAAAUCAAGACUGUUCUUACUAAAGGCAUCGCUGGAAUCGGGAAAACCGUCUCUGUGCAGAAGUUCAUUCUGGACUGGGCCGAGGGGAAAGACCAUCAGGAUGUAGAUUUCAUGUUUGUGCUUUCAUUUCGAGAGCUGAACUUGAUCCGAGAUCAUCAGUACAGUCUUCACACACUUCUGCUGGACUUUCAUCCUGAACUUCAAGAUCUGGACUCAAAGAUGUAUGAGGAGUGUAGAGUUGUGUUCAUCUUUGAUGGUCUGGAUGAAAGCAGAAUCACACUGAUGUUUUCAGACGCUCAGAAAGUUUCUGAUGUGACUGAGUCUUCAUCAGUGGGUAUGUUGAUGUCAAACCUCAUGAAAGGAGAUCUGCUUCCCUCGGCUCUCAUCUGGAUCACCUCCAGACCAGCAGCAGCCAAUCAGAUCCCCUCCAAAUACAUCCACCGUCUGACAGAGAUUCAGGGAUUCAGUGAUCCUCAGAAGGAGGAAUAUUUCAGGAAGAGAAUCAGUGACGAGCAUCAAGCCAGCAGAAUCGUCUCUCACAUCAGAAGAGCAAGAAGCCUCCACAUCAUGUGCCACAUACCCGUCUUCUGCUGGAUCUCCUCCACUGUGCUUCAGAAGCUCCUGGAAGAAGAUCUGAGUGCAGAAAUCCCUCAAACUCUGACUGAAAUGUACAUCCACUUCCUGCUGAUUCAGAUCAACAUGAGGAAUCAGAAGUAUGAAGAGAGAGAUCCAGAGAAACUCCUGCAGUCCAACAGAGAAGUGAUUGUGAAACUUGCUGAAGUGGCUUUCCAUCAGCUGAUGAAGGGCAAUGUGAUGUUCUAUGAGGAGGACCUGAUUGAGAGCGGCGUAGACGUCACUGAUGCCUCAGUGUAUUCUGGGAUUUGCACUGAGAUCUUUAAGGAGGAAUCUGUGAUUCAUCAGAGGAAAGUCUACAGCUUCAUUCAUCUGAGCGUUCAGGAGUUUCUCGCUGCUUUCUAUCAGUUUUACUCGCAUGUGGUCAAGAACAAGGAACCACUCCAUGUUCUGUGUGCAAACCUUGAAUAUGAUUCUGAAAGUGAUUCUGACUCUGAAAAUGGAUCUGAUGAAGUCUCUCUGUAUAGUCUACUAAGAUCAGCAGUAUAUAAAGCCCUCAAGAGUGAGAAUGGCCAUCUGGAUCUGUUCCUGCGGUUCCUGCUGGGCGUCUCACUGGAGUCCAAUCAGAGACUCUUACAGGAUCUACUGACACACACAGAGAACAGCUCAGAGAGCAUCAGGAGAAUCACACAGUACAUUAAAGAGAAGAUCAAAGAUGGACAUGGACUCUCCACUGAAAGAUCCAUCAAUCUGUUCCUCUGUCUGCUGGAAGUGAAAGAUCAGACUCUGUCCAGAGAGAUUCAGGAGUUUGUGAAAUCAGACAAACACUCAGAGAAGAAACUCUCUCCUGCUCACUGCUCAACAAUCGCCUACAUGCUUCAGAUCUCAGAGGAGCCGCUGGAUGAGCUGGACCUCAACAAAUACAACACAUCAGAUGAGGGGAGAAGAAGACUGAUACCAGCUGUGAUCAACUGCAGUAAAGCUCUUCUUGCUGGCUGUAAUCUCACUGGUCAGGAUUGUGAAAUUGUGUCAUCAGCUCUACAAUCCUCAAACUUUGUUCUGAGAGAGCUGGAUCUGAGUAACAAUCCCCUGCGGAAUUCAGGAGUGAAGAUUAUUUCUGAUGGACUGAAAAGCCCAAACUGUCAGCUGCAGAUACUGAGGUUGUCCGGCUGUAUGGUGACAGAGGAAGGCUGUGGUUAUGUGUCUUCAGCUCUGAGUUCAAACCCCUCACACCUGAGAGAGCUGGAUCUGAACUACAAUCACCCUGGAGAUUCAGGAGUGAAGAUUAUUUCUGCAGGACUGAAGAGCCCAAACUGUCAGCUGCAGAUACUGAGGUUGUUUGGGUGUAUGGUGACAGAGGAAGGCUGUGGUUAUGUGUCUUCAGCUCUGAGUUCAAACUCACACCUGAGAGAGCUGGAUCUGAGUAACAAUGACCUGCAGGAUUCAGGAGUGAAGAUUAUUUCUGAUGGACUGAAGAGCCCAAACUGUCAGCUGCAGAUACUGAGGUUGUCCGGCUGUAUGGUGACAGAGGAAGGCUGUGGUUAUGUGUCUUCAGCUCUGAGUUCAAACCCCUCACACCUGAGAGAGCUGGAUCUGAGCUACAAUCACCCUGGAGAAUCAGGAGUCAAGCUGCUCUCCGACAAACUGAAGGAUCCAAACUGCUCACUCCAGAUACUCAAUGUGGAUCAUUGUGGAGAGUUCAGGAUUACAGCUGGAUUACACAAAUAUGUCUGUGAUCUCACACUGGAUCCAAACACAGCACACACUCAACUCAUUCUGUCUGAGAGAAACAGGACAGUGACGUUUAUGAAAGAGCGUCAGCCGUAUCCUGAUCAUCCAGAGAGAUUUGAUGUGCAUGAACAGGUUCUGUGUGUAGAGAGUCUGACUGGACGCUGUUACUGGGAGGUUGAAUGGAGCGAAGAUUAUGCUGAAAUAUCAGUGUCAUAUAAAGGAAUCAGCAGGAAAGGAUGGAUUGACAGUAUGUUUGGAUGGAAUAAUAAAUCCUGGAGUCUGUACUGCUCUAAUAACAGAUUCUUUGUCUUUCACAAUGAGAACAGCACUGAUAUUCCUGACGUCUCUUCAUCCUGUAAGAGAGCAGGAGUGUAUGUGGACGUGUCGGCCGGCACUCUGUCCUUCUACAGCGUCUCUGACACACACACACACACACACUUACACACAUUCUACAUUACAUUCACUGAACCCCUCUAUGCUGGAUUUAGACUUUAUGAGUUUAACUCUUCAGUGUCUGUGUGUGACAUUAAACAGCGUCCUGAGAGAAACAACAGGGACACACACACAACCGGGUUCUCUGAGCCCAAUCCUUCUGGGCUGGAUAUUCACUGCCAGUCUUGUGUCCAUAUCGCUGAUUCUGAUCAGUGGCUUCAGAUUGAGCCGUCGGCCUGGACAGAUGAAGGAGGGUCAAAGUUCAGGGUCCGCACUGACCCCGGCCGUUACGAGUGUGUCAGGACCAGAAUGCGAUGGGUCUGUGCCUGUGCCGUCAGCCUUCAGUACCGGGCCGUCGACGGACUCUUCCUCAACGCAGAGCUGGAGAGGCUGCAGUGCAGCGGGAUCGGUCCAGUGAUGGACGUGACGGUGAUCUCAGGGAAACUGGAGGAAGUUCAUCUGCCCCAUUACGCCUGUUUAGGAGAGUCUGACCCCUCUCUCAAAGAUGCUGUGAAAGUGCUCACCGUAAGAGACGAGGGAAUAACCACAGAACCUGUGCAGUUGACCCGAUUCCAUGCGAAGAUCGUCCAGCCGUCCUUCUCUAUUAAAACAUUGAUUAUAAGUUGGAUCAUGGGAUGGUAUGAACACUGCGAUCUUCUUCUCUACAUGCGUUCUCAAGAUCCUCUCAUUCUACAUCUCUACCUUUUUCCAAUUGAUGAGUGUGCAAAAGAAAAAGUUGAGAAGAAAGAAAAGAGAAAUUACCCAAUAGAGCAUCCCAGACCUGGCAGGCCAUUCCGGAUGGGAACGCCACACAUGCUCUCCGUUCCUGGUACCGCCACUAUCGUUCCUGAAGAAGGGAUCAUACUCGCAAGAGACAUUCCCCCAAACUUCUUCAAGGUCAACACAAGUCUGGAGAAUGAUCUUAAAAUGACUCUCAUCAGAGAAGAGGAUAAGGAGGAGGUCUGGACUACAACGAUUAAGAAAAAUGAACUGGAUCAGAUUCGUCCUGAGAGAAACGAGCCGCGUGUGAAUAAUGAGGCAGAUAAAGCAAGAUAUUUCGAUACUCAUUGGUCAGAUAUCAUUCAGAAUGUUACAAAUGUCCAGAUCAUUGCAGAUAAACUGUGUCAGCAGAAAAUACUUCAUAAGGAAAAUUAUUCUAAAAUCACACAUGAAAGUUUAACCAGUCAGGAGAGCAUGAGAAAGAUCUGUGAAAUUAUAGACAAACAAAGUGAUGCUGUGAAGGCAAAAUUCAUCUCAGUUCUUCAGGAAGAGAAGCUUUACCACUUUUGAACAUUGGUGUCCGGAUCCUGUCCCCACAGUCUUGUCUGUUUUGUCUCUGUUCAAUGUCUCCUUGUUUGUCUUGUAUCUGAGCACAUGUCUUUAUAUGUGUGUGUGUUUGCCAUGGGUUCCUCUAGACCCAGCCCCUUGUUUAGUCCUUGUCUAGUCCUCGUGUGUGUGUGUGUGUGUGUGUGUGUGUGUGUGUGUGUGAUCUUAUUUCUUAUUUGGGAUUCUCUCCAUAUUUGAUAUUGUUGCUAUUUAGUUUUGUAUUCUUAUUUUCUCUACUUCCUUGCAAGGUUGCAGUCUUGUUGGUUUCUUUUGUUUGCAGGUAUAGUAAAUAUUUUCUAGUAUUAUACCUUUUAUUCUUUUGCAAUCUAUAGUCAUUAGUUUCAUUAGUUGUCUACUUUCUGCAUUUUUAUCUUGUUGUCUUGGCUUGUUGAGUCUUGUCUUGUUUGUCUCUGUGACGAGUCUCUACUCAUUGCUAUGGCGGGCUAGUGGGUGUGGCUAGGAGACUCAUCAAGGGAACAAUGUCCACCUGUUCACCCCUUUAUAAAAGUUAGGCUGGCUAGUGUAGAGGGAGGUCUGUUCUCCGAGUUGCUUUGUGUUUGGGUUGGGCUUGGCUUUUGUUAUUUGAUUUGGAUUUUUGUUUUCUCUGGUUGAUACAUUUACAUCCAUUAAAGAUGACCUUGUUUUAAUAUGUUUCAACAUUUAUGUUAAUUUUAUGUUUGUUUUUUUUGCAACCCAAUCACUGUGUCCUCCAUCUCAUGUGCCACGGCUUUGAGCCGGUCGUGACAAAUGUGGGGGCUCGUCCGGGAAGGAGCAGUUCCUGUCCCACCUGCUCUCGGACUCUCCAGUCUAGUGCUUCUAGACUUAGACAUCUAAGGCUUCUCUAGUGAUGAUGCAGGAAAAUAUGGCUUUAUCAGAACUUUUCAAAACAUACUUCUUUCAAAAUAUUCAUUCAGUUACGUUAUAAAUAAAUCUCACAUCUGUUUUUGUGCAUCUGAGUAAAAGUUCUAUGAGGAAGUGAGUUCACUUCAAAUGAGUUCAAUGAAAAUACCUGCAUUUUUUUAACCCACAUUAUGUUUGAAAAUGUAUGUACAUUUUUCUUGGUGAAAAAUUAGCCAUAAACUGAAAUGUAGAAAUGUACUAAAAAAUAGUUUUCUAUAUUCCUCUUCAAACACAAAGUUUUAUUGAACCGUAAUGAGGAACAAUAAUAUUGUCUUUACCUAAUAAAAGCUCUAUUUUGUAAACUUUA